AUGGCCGCGGCAUAUAGCAAGAAGACGAACUCCGACUUAAUCGAGAUGCUCAAAUCUCGAGGGCUCACUCAUACUGGAAAAAAGGCCGACUUGGUCGCGCGACUUGUCGAGGCCGAUAAAGCCGCGGCGGAGACCAGUGGAGCUGCGAGCGCAUCAGCGAAAGCCGACGCCGCUGCUGACGACGUUAUUGACUGGGACGAUGAUGCGACCACCCUGGAGCCUACGGCCGCAGCCACCGUCGCUGUAAGCACCAAUGCGACUGACGCGAAUAGUGCGGUGGGCGCAAAAGAAACUGCUGCAACUUCAGCCACCACAGCAAAACAAAAGAUCGACACUGACCCUUCGACUACUCAUGAUUUAACUGUUAAAAAACCAGCUGAUCCAAAAGAAGCGUCAACGACAACAUCUGCCGGUGAAACAAAGGACGCGAAUGGUGCCGUUGAAGGAGAGACCGUUGAAGCAAAGGUAGCGGGAAAUUAUAGUAUGGGCUUGGCCACUACCGACAUUGAUACUGAGCUCGAGAAGCGCAAGAAGAGGGCAGAAAAGUUUGGCAUUGUCGACGAUGACGGUACUAAAGAGGCGCAAAAGGCAGCUGAGAGGGCGAAACGAUUUGGAACUGGAAGUGCUACUUCCUCGGGUGUGAAGGGCUUAGAUGAGCCAUUGCCAGAACAGGCAAGGAAGAGAGGACGUGGUUUUGAUGAUGGAGACAGUUAUCAUCGAGGUGGGAAACGACGAAACUUCUCCGGAAGAGGACGAGGGCGUAACACUCGAAGAACCCGCGACGAUAAUGGGUCCAGCUAUGGGAACAAAGCGAGCAACUGGAGUGAACAAGAUCGCAGUGCGAUGGAAAAGAGAAGGGCUCGCUUCGGCUAA